UUUGUUCCUCACGCAGCUCACGCAGCUCUGCUCCAUGCAACGCUUCAACCUGAUGGUGGCCCACCUGUCGUACGACCCGCGCCCGGAACAGAUGCUGACGAUCGAGCCGCACAACUUGUCCGUCCAUUCCAUUACUCGCACUAACAAGAAGGGCAUCAUCCCGAUGUUUAAUACGUCAUCUAACCUGCGGCGGCGGGACGAUGGAUCAAACGAGGCGGACAGGUGGCCGAUAACGAUGAAUGCCGCCGAUUUGAACCCGCUGUAUAUACUCUAAGGCUUGAGCACUGGCAUAUUGGAAGGAUUCGCACAGAAGAUCGCUUCUGCCGCCGCCGACCAAGGUGCGUC